GGCGCCGUCACUUUUUGUUUACUUCCCCGACUCUUCUCUUCUUCCUUCCUUCUAUUACUCCUCCUCCUCCUCCUCUUCACCUCUCCUACUCCUCAUCGUCAACUCGCCAUGAGCAACCGCACCUCCCGCCCUCCCCGCCAACCCUACGGCGGGAACAUCGGGCUCUCUACCUCCUCCUCCAUGUCCUCCAUGUCCUCCUACUCCGCCCGUCCAAAACGCCAGCCCUACGGCGGCAACAUCGGCCUCUCUACCUCCUCCUCCAUGCACUUCUCCCCCUCCGCCUCAACGAACGCUGCCCUCGCCGCGGCCUCCGUCGCAACCAUUUCCCGCUCUCAAUCCAUGAGCUUGUCCUCCGCAGCCGCCGCUGCAGCUCUCAAGCACGACCAGAUCAAUGCAGCCCAAGCAGGCCGAUCUGUCCUUGUACCUUCCAAACGCGCCCAAAAAUCCGCCGCCCUCGGUCGCCGUCCCAGUCUGUCCGAGCGCAACCUCCGCGCCCCGUCCUCCUCUGGCAGCCGCAUGUCUCUCAGAAUGAGCUCCGCUCCCUCUGUCUCCGGCCGCUCAAACUCCAUCCGCUCAACUCUCUCCCUCCCGAGAGCCUUCAAGCGCUCGGGCUAUGCCUCCAGCAUCGCCUCCUACGAGUCUACCGAUCUCAACUCGAUCUCCGAAGAUCGCAUGCUUGACUCCGUCGCCGCCUCCCCAAAGAUGAUGCCUCCUCCUGUGAUUGACGAGGAACCCCGUGAAACCGCUCGGUCACUCACCGCAUCAAAACUUGGAGUAAAACAGUCGCGCUCUUCUAGCAGAAUGUCGCAGUCUUCCACCUUGUCUGUCGUCGACACCGAAGACGGCUCUCUCUCUCGCACUGGCACCCCGUCCGCAAAGAGAAACCAUCGCGUCAGCUUCACAGACGCGAGUGUUAUCGACGACAUCCCAGCUCCUGCUCCUCCAAAGUUUGUGAACGGUGUUGACGAACCCACAGCUGCGGAGACCCUUCCUACCGCUACUGAUAUGGAAAACACUGUCUCCGUCGCAUCGACAAUGGACGAGAUGAAGACUCCACCAGAGACAAUGUCCCCCGAGCCCUCGCUCAAUGGAACUUCUACGCUCGGUGACGAAUACGCUGCGACCACGCUCCCAACAGAGUCCUCAACCACCGAGCGCGUGAUUGAUGACGAUGUCAAUGCGCCUGCGGCCUUGACCGAGGACAUUGGUGACUAUGAUCCUAACAUAAUAGCCGAUCUUCUCGCCGCCCGUGCCAUUGAAGAUGAUGAAACUGAGCUUGAUCGUCAGUAUCUCUCCGAGCAUGAGUCUGAAUUUGAGGACGCCGCGCCUGUUCAGCAAGAGGCAAAGUCGGUCCCGCGGAAAGCGGUCGGAUCAGCUCCGAGCGAACAGCAAACCAGGGUAAUCACUCCCCCCGCGGAAGUCGACGCUCGCGAGCGAUCCCAGAACCAGCAGCUCCUCCACCCGACCCCCAGAAACGCAAAGCCCGUGAACGGAAUUUUGAAGGGGAGCCCCGAACGCGUCUCUUCAGUUUCACGAAACUCGAGGUACUCGCGAGCUCCGCGACCUGCGACUACUUACGGCACCACCGCUCCGACUAUGCAGACCUCUGUCUCCAGUGCUGCGAUCGCGGCCGCGGCAUCUGCAUCGCACCAGCCCUCUGCUGAGGAGAUUGCCGACCUCGAAAACCUGCGAGAGAGAUCAGGUUCUGCGUCAUCGUUCAGACGCGAGGACGGCGUUUCGAGAGCGGCGUCCAAGAGCCGUGGCUCGAUGAUGAAGACGUCGAUGCGUGAUGUGCAAGUGCCCAGCAUGCGGAACGGAAAAGACGCCCGCGGAUUCGGCCGGUCUGUCAAGUCACAGAAGCAGCUGUACAGAGAACAACUUGAAGAGGCAAAGAGCGAUCCGCGUGUGAUGGAGCAGCUUCAUCCCACUACUGCGGACGAUAUCACCGCGACCGCGUACGUAGGCUUGCAGCGCGUCAACUCCUCGUCGAGCUACAAGAAAGAAACGACGUCGACUUACCGAAAGGAGCAGCCGAGACACGAGCCUGUUGCCGAGAUUGCUGCGUCUGAAACCAAGGGCCGUGACGAGAAGGGCCGCAGUUUUGGCUUGAAGAGAUUUACUCUGACGCCAAGGAAGUCGAGAGUUGUAAGCAACCCGGAGACCUCCUCUGCCGCUCCUCUUCCACCUCCUCCUACGCUCGCGGCUCCGGUUAUGAACGGAUACACGAACGGAGACGUCACGUCUACCACUGCUGCCGCCGAGCCGUCGUCGACUGGCACGACUGCUACUCCGCCAGCGACGAUCGCAUCCCGCGGCUUCAGCCAAUUGCCUAGUAGUCAUCCGUUCAGUCUUGAUUCCGACGACGUCUUCACAGCAACCCCGACGGUUUCCAACACCGCGGCAAAUGACUCCAGCGUCGGUGUCGCAUACUCUUCGUUCGACACCUCGCCCGCCAAAUCAGACCGUGAUCGCGAGUCCGCUCUCGCGAAGCUCACUGGCUCUGCGUCUGCGUCCUCUGCAACUCAGUACCAGCAACCCCAGCAACCACAAACCAGCUCAGAGUACAUCCAGCAGCCCGUCACGCCGGUUAAGCAGAAAAAGCUUAGCCAGUACCAGCAAUUCAGACUUGAGCGCGCGCAAAAGAAAGAACAGAAGAACGGCAAGCGCGCGACCACGGUCGCGGGCGUGCCGCCUCCGCUUCCACACAGCAACGCGCAAACCGCAGCGGCAGCCGCCGCCAUGAGCGGCCGCGCGAGCUCCGUGCAGCCGACGACGGCGCCGGCUGCUUCCUACGACGACAGCGUGCCGGCGCAGUAUAACGAGAAGACCAAGAGCAAGAAAUUCGGCGGUCUGCGGAAGCUGUUUAAGUUGGACGAUUAGGCGCGCGCGUGCGUGCGAGACAAAAUAUGAAUCGAAGAAGCGAAGCGAUGAUAUUGAUUUAUGUAUAUUUUGGGAACCGAUUGAUGUGUUAGAUCUGGAUGUUGAUUUGAGUCGUGAAGGUCUCUGUUAGUUAGUUAGUUCUACUUGUUGACUUCUUUACUUUUCGGGAUAUUGUAUUACUUGUAUCUUCUAUUCUGUGCUUUUGUAUUUGGACUACGAGCAAAGUCAUUUAGCGACAUCUCGUUUUUUGCUUAUCCAGUGUGUUAUCGUGUGCGUGGGUGCGUGUGUGCUCUUGUGUAUUAUGCUAAUCUUUUCACUUUCUCUUUCUUUCUCCACCGUGUAUUAAUUUCCCGU